AUGAACUCUGCGUAUGGGUUAAUAAGUCUCGUGAAUACAUACGGAUUGGACAUCAAAUCAUUAAUAAAUGGUUUUAUUAAAUAUAAUAACGGAUCCGGAGAUGAAGUGGUCAUCAAAUCUAUUGGUCUACAAAACCAAACACUAAAUGCUUUCGAUUGUUAUUUAAUCGGAAAAUUAACGUUUGAAAACAACGAGACCUCGAAAGCAAUGAUAUGGUUAACUGAAGCGAUCACUAAAAUUGAUGACAAGACCACCGAUGAGACAAUUGCGGAGAUUUUCAAAUACCUGUCUUCUUGUGAACAAGAAAUAGGAAAUUCAAGUGAAGCCCAAAGAUAUUUGAGAAUUUCAAUGGCUAUUAAACCGGACAUUGAAUCUGUGAAACAACAGUCAUGA